CUCGACCCUAUCCAGAACUGCACGAUGAGCGACAUGGCCCCCAAAGAUGCAGAGACUAAAGUCUCGGAGCUCAAUGCGGACGAGCAACGGCUGGCGCAGAUGGGCCACACCCAGGAGCUCACGCGCCACUUCAGCACUCUGUCGCUGAUCGGUCUCGCCUCCACGACAACCAUUUCCUGGACAGGCCUCGGCCUAGGUAUUGUCACGGAGAUUGAUGCUGGUGGUCCAGGCGCCAUCAUCUAUGGCUUCAUUCUCGUCACGCUGCUGCAGGCCUUCCUCGGUGCCUCCCUGGCGGAGUUUGUCUCCAGCUAUCCCACCGAGGGUGGCAUGUAUCACUGGAUUGCCGCGGUCGCACCGAGACGAUGGAGCGCCUUCUUGAGCUUCAUCACUGGCUGGCUGACAGUCUGUGGCUGGAUCUUCACCACCGCAUCAACAAACCUGAUCUUCGCCGAAGUUGUCCAAGCACUCUACGCCCUCUACCACCCGGACAUGGUCAUCAAAACCUGGCAAACUUUCGUCAUCUACCAGAUUCUCAACAUCCUCACGGCAGCUGUGGUCCUCUUUGGAAACAAGAUCAUCCCCGCGCUCAACAAGUUCUCCCUCUUCUACCUCCAACUCGGUUGGCUUGUCGUCCUCAUCACCGUCGUCGCGUGCGCCCCGACUCACCAAAGCAGCGAAUUCGUUUUCAGAACCUGGAUCAACAACACCGGCUGGAGCAGCAACGGUAUCUGCUUUAUCACCGGGCUCGUCAACCCACUGUACAGUCUCGGUGGUCUGGACGGAGUAACCCACAUUACCGAAGAAAUGCCCAACCCCUCCCGCAACGCGCCCCUGGCCAUCGGCAUAACCAUCACAAUUGCCUUCACAACAGGCCUCACCUACCUGAUCGCCCUAAUGUUCAGCGUGCAAGACUACGCCGCCCUAUCCACGACAAACACCGGUCUCCCCCUAGCCGAACUCUUCCACCAGGCCACGCAAUCCGCCCACGGCGCCUUCGGGCUAACCUUCAUCCUGUUCAUCGCCCUCGGCCCCUGCGUCGUCUCCUCGCAGCUAUCCACCUCGCGCGUCCUGUGGGCCUUCGCGCGCGACGACGCAAUGCCCUUCUCGCGGAUCUGGGCGCGCGUCAGCACGCGCUUCGCCAUUCCCUUCAACGCCCAACUCCUCGUUGCGGCUGCCAAUGCCGCGCUCGGCUGCUUGUAUCUGGGGAGUAGCACCGCCUUCAACAGCAUGCUGGGCGCGGCGGUAACGAUCAACAACGUCGCGUAUCUGAUUCCGAUCGCGACGAAUAUGCUCACUGGACGGGUCAACAUGCAUCGCGGGUGGUUUUUCAUGGGGCGAUGGGCUUGGGCGGUUAAUGGGGUGACGGUCGCGUGGUUGGUGUUUGCGAUUGUCUUUUUCAGUUUUCCGUACGAUAUGCCGGUGACGGUGGAGAACAUGAAUUAUACGUGCGUGGUGGUUGGCGGGUUGCCGAUUUUGAUUAUGGGGUGGUGGUUUGUGGGGAGUCGGAAGUAUAGGGAGAAGAUUGCGAGGGCGAAGGAGGAGUAGAAAGAUUUAAAUGGUCUGGUCUGGUCUGGUCUGGUCUGUUGAGGGAGGCUGGAAAGUGAUCAUGGAUGUGGUGGCAGUUUGGACUUUCGUUUGUUGCUCGUAUGGCUG